UCGCCGUUCAUAACAACGAAUGAUCCUUUGCGCGAGGGUACUGAUCAGCGGUUUGUCAGGCUGAUUUAUGCGCUGUUUACAGCAGGUUUUUCAAGAUGGCGGCAAGCGACGAUGAAGAUACGCUCGCGAGUUUUGGAACUCCAUUUGAACCUGUAGAAGAAGAUGCACCGCGCAAAAAGGCAGUUCCGAUACACGAGCAAGUUGUUACAGAUGCUGAGGGAAGAAGACGAUUCCAUGGCGCUUUCACGGGCGGAUUUUCAGCGGGAUAUUUCAACACGGUUGGGACGAAAGAGGGUUGGCAGCCAUCCACUUUCGUAUCAUCUCGCUCGAAAAAAGGCGAGCAAAGAGCACAGAGACCUGAAGAUUUUAUGGAUGAUGAGGAUAUGGACGAGUUUGGAAUCGCGCCUAAAAGAAUUGCUACAAAGGAAGAGUUUUUAUCCCAGGGAAGUGAACAGAAUCGACGUAAACGUGUCGUAACUUCUGAUUUGUCAGAAGGCAUUAUCCCAGGGGGACCCCUACUACAGGACCUCGUAGUGCCAGUGAAAAUGUCCGUGGGAGUCGAACUGCUAAAGAAGAUGGGAUGGAAAGAAGGACAGGGAGUUGGAGCUCGUGAAAGGAGAACCAAGAAAAAGGUGUAUGGUUGCUCUCUGCCACCGGGUUUAUCUUCGUCACAACCAGCAACGGGAAAUGAUGAAGAAGAGGACAUUUUUGCAGUUGGUCUGCUCUUUGCACCGAAAGAUGUUGAGGUGUUCACAUUUACCCCAAAAGAUGAUAAACAUGGACUUGGUUACAAAGGACUGGACCCAUCUACUGCACUGUUUGGUCAAGACAACUGGCUUGGAGUUGAUCCUGUAUCAACUAGAGUGGGACGGAAGGGCAUCUCUGGGGAGGCAUUUGGUGUAGGUGCAUUUGAGGAGGCUGACGAUAACAUCUAUGCUGUAGACCACAUGUCUAACUAUGACAUAGAACUCGGGGCUGAUACAACUACUGGACUCCAUGGCUGGACUGGCCCUCCUAAAGAAAAUACUAGAGGUGGUGCAUUGUCAAUUUUUACUGCCACACCCAAAGCCAUGGAUGCAAUGAAACCCUUCCCUCCCCCGGUGGUGCCACGAGGCUUUGACUGCACUCACAAGUUUGCUGAUUCCAUAAAUGAAUCAAAGUCCUCUAAAGAAACUGCUCAAAACAGAAAGACUCUAACUGCGUCAGACAGAGGAGAAAUGCUUGGAGAAGAACCACUCCCAGCACCUCAAAAGUCAGUGUUUGAAUAUCUCUCCGAAGAGGAUAAGAAGCGAGUGUUGUCAGUAUCGAAGGAUAAGGCAACCAAGCCUUCCAGCACAAUGCCUUCUACAGUAAAAGGUUCUUUAUCGAGUGAUUCAACGCAAAAGAGUUGGUCGUCCAGCCGAUGGAGUAGUCAUAGUAGUUUUAAACCGUUUAUGAAAGACUCGGCCAAACAGGCCCGCUACGAAGAGUUUUUGAAACUAAGACAAGGAGGGCAGGUUUCUCAACAGGUUCACGACAGUGGCCUGACGGAGUGGGAGAGAGAACGCGAAAAAGAGGAAUUUGCCCGCUCCGCCGCCUUGUACAGACCAAUGAAUUCUACAAUGGCGGCCAGGUUUACUUCGGCUAAACAACCCGACGACCACAGAAUUGUGUACGAAGAGGUACCAGCUCAAGAAUCGUCGGGUUCUUCCGACCAAACACAAGCGGCCAGUAUGAAAAUGUUCGGGAAAUUAACUCGGGAUACCUUCGAGUGGCAUCCCGAGAACACCUUAUGUAAACGAUUCAACAUUCCUAAUCCAUAUCCAGGUUCUCGUGUUGUGGGUGUACCUAAAAUUCGGAGGCCGAAGUUUACACUCGGAGAUCUUAUAACACAGCCACAACCCCGUGCUUUGACUUACGAGCCAUUGCCGACGAUUUCAAACGACGACAGUAAGUCGGAAAGGCUCGGAACGACAUCGAAAUCUGUCGAUGAACCGAUACCUUCCGAUUCAAAGUCGGCAAAUUCCGAGUUAGCGACGAAAGCUUUUGUAGUGCCGUCCGUAACCACGUCUGUUGGUAAAAAGGGGAUAGGAUCAAGUGAUACACAGCUGAGUGAAUCACAAGAAGACAAAACGAAAGAAACACAAAAUGAAGGAGUAAAUUCUGCUCCUAAGCGGCCAAGUAUGGAUUUGUUCAAAGCAAUAUUCGCUGAUUCAUCUUCGGAAGAAUCGGAAGCGAGUGACCAAGAUGACGGCGAGAACGAAAAAGCAGAAACCGAACCCAUAUCGAUUCAAGCUUCGGAGAACAAGCCUCAAGAAAAGGCUUCGAGCAGCCAUGUCGAUUUAAGAACUGAAGACAACAACUUAGCUAGUCGAUUUACUUCUAAUCAUAGAACUUUAAAUCAGGAUUCGCCUAGCAAGCCUGCUGGAAAAGAACUAAAACAGACUGACAUGCAAGUUGUAGUGACUGAAAACGCAAAAAGCGAUGAAGUUGAAUCGGCUAGGGAAAUUUUCGGGCCAGCACCUCCGUCCAGCGGGCACCAGCCCUCUUCUUCGCGUUCUUUCUCCAGAGAAAAACACAGCGUUGACAAAGCACAGAAUAAAGAAGAUUCUGAACGUAGAAAACGGAAAGAAAAACGAAAAGACACAAAGAAAAGUUAUUCUGAUUCUACGGACAGUGAAGACGAGUAUCGCUCGAAGCACAAGCAUAAACACAAGGAGAAGCGAAAACACAAACACAAGCAUAAAAGUAAACAUCGAGACGACGAGAAGGAAAGACUUGACAAGAAAGCGAAAGGACGUGAUUGCUCUAGCCAAUCAUUGGGACAAACUCGUGUGUCAGAGGAUAAACAGAUUCUUAGUAAGCUAAAGAAUCUGCAGAAUUUAAAAGCGGGAAAGAGAAUGCGCGCAGAUGAUUUCAUGUGAAAUGUAGUGUAGGAGCAGUCAUUGUUUUCCCGCUUAUACCGUCGACGAGAAACGAAAAAGGCGAGUGAAUGCAUAAAAUGGCCGCGCGAAAUUUGAGGACUAGAGUUUCCUUCUCGUCUCGCCCCAGUUUUGUCACGGUCAUUGUGACCAGCUCCCAAUUGUCAAUUUGAUUUGAUAGUAAUUUUGGAUACUAAUCAUUUUUCAAGUUCAAACCAAAGCGCUGUGCACGAGACUGGUAAAUAACAAGUGUUUAAAAUGGUUUUUUUUAUAACCUUGCGGUAUACACGCGCUUUGCGAAAGUAAUUCAAUAGACUCGCACGUAGCAUUUGUAAAACGCACAUGUGAGUAUGUCGCACUUUGAUGAAGAGAAUCAAAAUGAUCGACAUGUUCCCUAAUGAUACAUGUGUCCUCUUGCGCAGAAAUAAAAUGUUUCAACUUA